CCAGGCUCAGGCAGCCACAGAAAGCCCACAGUACGGGUUCUGGCUGCACUGCAAGCCUCCGUCCCACUGUCCCCAGCCCAGAGCAAAGCAGACACCUGAAGCAGACACUGCUCCCCAAAAGCAGCGCCCAAAAAGAUGCUGGGGCAGGCGCCAUGGGCAAGGCUGUCUCCUCCUGGCCCUACCGUCCUGCUGCUGGCCCUCUGUGCUGUCAUGACCACUCAGGACAUUUGCAACUCCACACGUGAUGGUGACCUCACAGCUCCGGCCCUCUUCCUGAACACCUCUAGUGCUCAGGAAGGGGAAUCGUUUUCGCUUCGCUGUACCAUUGAUGGUCAUUCAGCCCCUACCCGAAUUGUAUUCUGCAAGGACAGGAUGGAGGCACACAGCCUGAAAGGGCAACUAGGAAAACUGAUCUACACCAUCACUCUGAAGGUCACCCAGGGGAGCGAGGGGACGUACAUGUGUGGAUACCAGCUCAAAGAUGACAACAACCGAGUAAGGAGCUCUGCCCUCAGUGCUGGCCGCAUCCUGCAUGUCCCCGGUGCUGGCGUGACCACCCAGGACAUCGGCAGCUCCCCAGGUCAUGGCAAUGCAUCCAAGUCCCUGGCAGGGCCAAUGGCUCCAGGCAUGGCGCUGGCAGUGGCAGCCAUCAGCCUCGUCCUCCUGGCUGCAGGCAGCUGGUUUGCCAUCAGGAAAGGUGAGGGAGUGGGGGAAGGCGGGGGGAAGUCUGAGGCCGUGGGGGUCCUGCUGCAGUGCUGGUGCGACUCCACCAUCGCCCACGUUCAACGGGACAGGCCUCCUCCCGUGCAGCAGAUGAGCGACACCACGACAUAUGCCACGGUGACCCGCACCCAGACCUGA